AUGUCCGCCGACAUUCCCGCCAAGUUCACCGGCCAUGCUGCCAUGGGACCACAGGACGAGAACAAGUUUAACCUCAAGGAGCACGCCUACACGCCCCGCAAGUUCGACGACGACGACAUCAUCCUCAAGAUUGAGUGCUGCGGCAUCUGUGGUACCGAUGUCCACGUUAUCACUUGCGGCUGGGAGAACCACGGCCGCUUCCCAGCCAUUGUGGGCCACGAGAUCGUUGGCCGCGUCGUUAAGGCUGGACCGAAGUCUGGGCACAAGGUUGGCGACCGCGUGGGUUACGGAGCUGAGUGCGGUUCGUGCCGCAAGUGCGCCAACUGCACGCACGAUCUCGAGAACUACUGCCUCAAUGGCAACCGCGGGACGUACCAGGGCAAGACGAACGACUCUGUCCAGCCCUUCACGCAGGGUGGGUACGCAGACUACUACCAGGCUUCGGGACACUUUGCCAUUCCGAUCCCUGACGAGCUCGACAGUGCUGUCGCGGCGCCAAUGCUCUGCGCCGGUGUGACUGUCUACUCGCCUCUUAAGCGCUGGGGCGCCAGCCCAGGUAAGAAGGUCGGUGUCGUUGGUAUUGGUGGUCUCGGCCACCUCGGUGUGCAGUUCUCUACGGCUCUUGGUGCGGACACGUAUGCCAUCUCGCACUCGAACUCGAAGGCAGCGGACUCGGUCAAGCUCGGCGCCACGGGCUUUAUUGCGGCUGCCGACAAGGAGGCCGUCCUCGCCGAGCACCGCAACACGUUCGACAUCCUCCUCGUCACUUCGUACCAGGACGACAUGCCUCUUUCCGAUUUCUACCUCCCUCUCCUCAAGAUCGGAGGCAACAUCAUCAUUGUCGGCCUUCCCAACUCUGGUCUCCCCAAGGUCCCCGGCCGUGCCCUCUUCGGCAAGUCGCUCUCGGGAUCGCUCAUUGGCUCGCCAGCUGAGCUGCGCGACAUGUUCAAGCUCGCUGUUGAGAAGGGAGUCACGACUUGGGUCGAGACUCGUCCUAUGAAGGACGCCAACCAGGCCCUCGACGACUUUGCCGCGGGCAAGGCCCGCUACCGCUACGUCCUUGUGAAUGACAACUAG